AUGACGCUCGGGGUGGUUAUGCUCGUUUAUUUUGUACUGCUCGUUGACACGGAGGCAGAUCAAAAAGGCAUAAAAUGUGGAGGCAUCCUUUCUGCGCCGUCCGGCAACCUAUCCAGUCCAAACUUCCCAGACUUCUAUCCAUUCAACAUCCUCUGUUCAUGGCUCAUUGUUGUACCGGAAGGUUCUUCAGUGCUGCUGACAUUCCACUACUUUGAGUUAGAGUAUCACACCAGCUGCGCCUACGAUCACAUCAAGAUCUACAAUGGCGUGGCCGGUGACGAGGGCAACCUACUAGGGACCUUCUGCGGUGAUGCACCCCCACCAGCCUUUACCUCAUCCUGGAAUGUCAUGUCAAUCAUCUUUCGGUCUGAUCGUCACGUAGCGCACAGGGGCUUCAGUUUGGGCUACAGGAAAGACAUGUGCGGCGGUGUACUAACGGGCCUGUCGGGCGUCAUCUCAAGCCCGGGUUACCCGGCUGAGUACAGCAAUGACGCUGACUGCACGUGGCUCAUUCGUGUGUCCAACAGCAGCGCCGUCACUCUUCUUUUCCUGGAUUUCCAGAUGGAAAAUAACGAAGGCUGCCACUUUGACUAUGUGGCCCUGUUUGACGGCCCCACCGUGACGCAUCACCACCUGGGGACGUACUGCGGGACCGACAAACCCCCCACUACCGUCACCACAGCCAACCAGCUGCUGCUCGUCUUCAAAUCAGAUUUCAACAUCGGGGGACGAGGCUUCAAGGCGUACUACUACUCUGGAGAAUGCCAACAGGUGCUGUCGGACGUGGGCGGCAACUUCAGCAGCCCUAAUUUCCCGCACAUCUACCCGAACAACAUCAACUGCCACUGGAGCAUAUCGCUAGCAGCUGGCUACCGUAUCAAGCUCUUUUUCCCUGUGAUGGACCUGGAGGGCCGCAACAGCCUGACUGAUGCAUGCGACUACGACUGGGUGGCCGUGUACGACGGUGAACGCCAGGCAGUGGAUGCGAUGCUGGGACGUUGGUGCGGCGCCGAGAGACCACGAUCACUCGUCUCUCGAGGCAACAAGAUGCUGGUGGUUCUUAGCACGGACAGAGACAAGGCGCACAGAGGCUUCACCGCUUCUUAUCUCGGAGUGGUGCCUGUGAAUGUGAGCUGCACCAGGUCAGAGUUCACCAUCCUGAUACCUCAGAAGUCAUUACCCCAGCUGGACCGUGAACGCAUCUAUCUGGGCAACCCCUCGUGCACCGCCCAACUGACAGCCACUUCUUACAAAAUCCUUGCACAGUUUGUUAACUGUGGCACAGCCAGCCAGAAGCACCGUAACGUUACCAUGCUGGUCAACAAGCUCUACAUUGAUUUCUCCGAUGGCGAACGGAACAAUGUGCAGGAGUACAAGGUGCAGUGUGACGCAAUGCGCAAGUUGGCCUCAGCGUCCAUCGUCUCAGUGGAGGAGCGUCGGCUGGAGGAGGAGGCAAUGCAGGUCGACGCUGCCGGCGUAGGGCCUGAAGUGGUGUUCGCUGAGGCCGAGCCCCACGAUCUCAGCGAUAUUGUCUUCAUCAGUAUCUGCGUCCUGGCAGUCAUCCUCAUGGUGAUUGCCAUCGUCUGGCUCGUCUUGCUUUAG